AUGACGGAACCUGGUAUCAGCGAGCUUGCAUCGACUUUGCAGUUCGGCUCCAUCAAGCGCCACCCCUCACCGCGACACGACCUCAACCCAUCGACCGCUGCGUCUGGAAAGCAGCCCGUCACGCUUGACAAGAACGCCGAGAUCGACUCCGACAUCGACGAAGAUGAGAUUCCAACCAGUAUACUCAACCCCGUGCCGCGGAAGCAGACGAUGCCCCCGCUGCCAGACCUCCGGUUCGAACAGAGCUACCUGAAGAGCAUCGAGAAGGCCGAGUCGUGGCAGGGCGUUGCAUGGAUCACGUUGCGGGAUCAGGUCCUCAUGUGCUUUGCGCAGGGCGUGGUGUGGACACUCAUCCUCAGCGGCUGGCGGCAUUGGAACCGGUCCGCCAAGUUCAGCGGGCAAAGCGUCGGCGCGAGGAUACGCAGAUGGUGGUGGCGCGUCAACAACUGGUCGAUUCCAGAUGCAAAGUCGAAGUUGAAGGAUACAAAGCUGGCGAAGAACGUCUCGGAGGUGAGUGCUGCCUUUCUAGAGUACUAUAAGAACGAAUUCUCGAGCGCUGCGCAGGACUGA